AUGGGGUUCCCACUUUCUAACAAGUACGAAACAUCAAAUGCGGUUACAGUACACAAUAUUGAGUCAGAUAAGAAGGCCCAAGAUGUUGAAAGUGAGAAAUCACAAGAUAUAAUCACAGCUGAACCAUAUCUGAGUAAUGACGAUGCUAAGAACAAGUCGUCUUCAUUUUGGUCGCGAUUUAGGUUUUCAGUCGAUACUUCUGAUCAUCCACCACAAAUAUUCAACAAAACUUUAUAUUUGAGUAUCUUUGUGUUUGGUAUACUUGGAGCUGGUAGAGGAUUGGAUGAAGGAAACAUUUCGGGAAAUAUCGCGCUUCCUGCAUUCAAGCAAAGAUUUGGUCUUAGUGACAAGUCUAAAUCCGCUGAUGAAUUGGCCAAUUUGAAAUCAAACAUCACAUCCAUGGUUCAAUUGGGAUCUAUUGGUGGUGCAAUUAUCGCUAUGAAGUCGGUUGAUUACUUUGGUAGAAUCAGAGCUUUACAAUUGACGUGUAUUCUUUGGAUAGUUGGUGUCAUUAUUGAAAUCACUUCGAGCUCAGUUGGUCAAUU